AUGACUUAUUUGAUAUUUUUGUUAUUAAUAGGGUUAAUUUUUGGUUUAAUUGCGGUGGCUUCUAAUCCUUCGCCAUAUUUUGCUGCUUUGGGACUGGUGGUUGUAGCUGGGAUAGGUUGCGGAGUUAUGGUGAGUUUUGGAGGGCCUUUUUUAUCUUUAGUUUUAUUUUUAAUUUAUCUAGGAGGGAUGUUAGUUGUUUUUGCAUAUUCUGCUGCUUUGGCUGCUGAAGCUUAUCCUGAGAGUUGAGGUAGUUGAUCAGUUGCAGUUUAUGGGGCUUUAUAUUUAUUAGGGGUGAUUUUGGCUUUAUUUUAUUUUUACGGGGGGUGGUAUGAAAGUUCUUGAGUGCCUGUAGAUGAGAUAGCUGGUUUAUCAAUAUUUCGAGGGGAUAUGUCUGGAGUGGCUUUGAUGUAUUCUUCGGGGGGUUGGGUAUUGAUUAUUAGUGCUUGAGUUCUUUUAUUAACUUUAUUUGUUGUAUUGGAGUUAACACGGGGUCUUGCUCGUGGCACACUUCGAGUGGUUUAA